CGAAGGGAAAUUUCCUGCCUGGCUGCCGCCGCCUCUGCCCGCCGCCUGGGGCCGGAGACCGCCUGGGCGUCCCGCGGCCGGCCGCGCCCGCGGGGGCCCCGCGGAGCCGCCGCCGACGGAGCCGGCGAGACGCGUUUGACAGCCAGCAGCGUUCAACUGAUCUGAAAAAAAUGGAUCCCGUGGGGCAGCGGCGUUUGUUCUUGGGCAUCUCUGCAUCAGUCGGAAAGCAGGUCCAGGAUGGAACAUUCCUGCUCGCUCCUGCUGCUCUGUGUUAGUUUUCGGUUUGCGCAAGCUUUACCGCCCAAUGGAACGGAAUUACCAAAACCAACAACAACAACAAACUCUACAGAGGAGAACAAUUUACACAAGGACCUGCUGACUUCGAUGCUGAUUCUGCUCCUGGUCUUCAUCAUUUUCAUCCUGUUGGCUGGCUAUUUUUUCAGGUUCAGAAGACACAGGAAAGCUGUUGUGAACUCCGGGGACAAAAAGAUGCCAAAUGGGAUCUUAGAAGAACAAGAACAGCAACGGGUGAUGCUGCUCAGUAGGUCUCCCUCGGGCCCAAAGAAGUAUUUCCCUAUUCCAGUAGAAAACCUGGAAGAGGAGAUACGGAUGCGAUCGGCGGACGAAGGGAAGCUCUUCCGGGAGGAGUUUAAUUCAUUAACACCUGGAUAUGUGCAGGGAACAUUUGAAAUGGCCAAUAAGGAAGAAAACAGGGAGAAAAAUAGAUAUCCUAACAUCCUGCCGUAUGAUCAUUCCAGAGUGAUUUUGACACAAAUCGAUGGAGUCGCACCUUCAGACUACAUUAACGCCUCAUAUAUAGAUGGUUAUAAAGAAAAGAAUAAAUUCAUUGCAGCACAAGGACCCAAGCAAGAAACAGUCAAUGAUUUCUGGAGGAUGAUAUGGGAGCAGAAGUCGGCCGUUAUCGUCAUGUUAACCAACCUGAAAGAAAGAAAAGAGGAAAAAUGUCAUCAGUAUUGGCCUGACCAAGGGUGCUGGACUUACGGAAACAUCCGCGUGUCAGUGGAAGAUUGCAUAGUUCUGGUGGACUACACCAUCCGCAAGUUCUGCGUCCAGUCGCUUCAUGACGGUUGUAAAGCUCCGAGGCUCGUUACGCAGCUUCACUUCACCAGCUGGCCUGAUUUCGGGGUGCCUUUCACACCUAUCGGGAUGCUGAAAUUCCUGAAAAAAGUCAAAACGUUGAAUCCUGCCCAUGCUGGACCCGUUGUGGUUCACUGUAGCGCUGGGGUGGGUCGCACAGGCACGUUUAUCGUCAUAGAUGCCAUAAUAGACAUGAUGCACGCGGAACAGAAAGUUGAUGUUUUUGAGUUUGUUUCAAGAAUCCGUAAUCAGCGUCCGCAGAUGGUUCAGACUGACAUGCAAUACUCCUUCAUUUAUCAAGCCUUACUUGAAUACUACCUCUACGGUGACACGGAGCUAGAUGUGUCAUCCUUAGAAAAACAUCUACAAACAUCACAGAACGCGGCGCCAAACCUUGUCAAAAUAGGGCUGGAAGAAGAAUUUAAAAAGUUAACAAACGUCCGAAUAAUGAAAGAAAACAUGAGAACUGGCAAUCUUCCAGCAAAUAUGAAGAAAGCCCGAGUCAUCCAGAUCAUCCCGUAUGAUUUUAAUAGAGUGAUUCUGUCAAUGAAAAGAGGGCAAGAGUAUACAGACUACAUCAAUGCUUCCUUCAUAGAUGGCUAUCGCCAGAAGGAUUACUUCAUUGCCACCCAGGGACCGCUGCCGCACACGGUGGAGGAUUUCUGGCGGAUGGUGUGGGAGUGGAAGUGCCACACCAUCGUUAUGCUCACCGAGGUGCAAGAGAGGGAGCAGGAAAAAUGCUGCCAGUACUGGCCAUCAGAGGGCUCUGUGACUCACGGAGAGAUAACCGUAGAAAUCAAGAAUGACAGUCUGUUAGAUGCCAUAAGCGUAAGGGACUUCAUAGUUACGUACAAUCAGGGCAACCAGGAGAAGCAAAGCAGGCUCGUUCGGCAGUUCCACUUCCAUGGGUGGCCAGAAAUCGGGAUUCCGGCGGAAGGAAAAGGGAUGAUCGACCUGAUUGCGGCUGUCCAAAAGCAGCAGCAGCAAACGGGCAACCACCCCAUUACGGUGCACUGCAGUGCUGGCGCUGGAAGAACAGGUACAUUCAUAGCACUCAGCAAUAUUCUGGAACGAGUGAAGGCUGAAGGGCUCUUAGAUGUAUUUCAAGCUGUGAAGAGCUUAAGACUGCAAAGGCCACAUAUGGUGCAAACACUGGAACAGUAUGAAUUCUGCUACAGAGUGGUACAAGAUUUCAUCGACAUAUUUUCGGAUUAUGCUAACUUCAAAUGAAAAUUCCUGCCUUAUUUUUUAAUUUGUCUGUAUAAAUAGUUGUAUAUUCUGUUAAUUUAUUCCAUGUCAUUUUGAUUGUUGACUUUACUGUAAAUAUGUCCUUGUGUUUGCUCUAAAAGUUGCGUUUGCUGUAUAAAGUUAUUUCUUAAAUAUAAAUAUCUUCUAAAGCGAAGUAUAACGUUCAUAUACAGUAUAUCACUAUAAGAUGGUAUAGAAAUCUUUAUUCUAAAUAACAGUAAAUUAAUUCUUGAGGGUCUAUUCCUUUGAAUUUUUCCACUUCUAAAUAUUUAUCAAUAAUGUUAUCUCCCAGUUCUUGAUACCUUACACAGGUGAUUUAUCUUUCAAACCAAAAAAAAAAAAAGAA